UGUGAAAUGAUUUCGACACAGCAACAAAUCUUGAGAAAUCGUCGACGCAUGUCCGCGCUAACAACGCUGCAGCAGCGAAUCGCAGCAAAUAGUGCGCAGUCAGAUCGAUUUCGUAACGUUAAAAAGCAAACUCAAACUUUGCGUGAGUUCUUCGAGGAUUUACAGGUGGAAGAAAAUCGUAUAAAACGUGAAAUUCUAAAAAUCGCACAAAAAAUUAAGAGGCUGGAAAAGGUUGCCGUGGAGGAUGUGGAAGAUUGUCCAGGCGCACGGAAGUGAA